ACAUUAACGUUGUUGGUACAUUCGAUACAAACGAAGGUCUAUUUGUCUUGUCGUCUCACUUUUUUCAUAUUUGUCUCCGCCAAAUUAAACGCUGAUUUCUCCAAACCUUCAAUUUCGCCUUCUUCAUAUCAACCUCACAACACACACUUUUUCUCAUUCCCUUUCUAUUCCAUUUCUUCAACUCUCUCUCUUUUUCUUUCUUCAACAAUGUCUCAGGUUGCCGCCACUCGAUCUAUUCACACCUCCCUUUUACACCCCACCUCACGAUCUACACAAAACAGGUCUCGAACCUUGUUAAAGUCUCCAUCUUUUUCUUCCAAACACUUCUCUCCAAAGGGUAACAAUAUUACCCCCAAAGUUUCUUUCGCAAACUUUCCCAUUAAUGCAAGCAAAUCUGCACCCUCUGAAGUUGUUCCUAUCUCACCCGAAGAUGAUUCGAAGAUCGAGGAGGAGUUGGAGAAGUUGCGUGGUCUGCCGGAACUUGGUGAUCCUUCUGGUGGAUUGUGGUCUAAGCCAAUAGUUAGAAGAAAGACAAAGAUUGUUUGUACAAUUGGUCCUUCUACUAAUACUAAGGAAAUGAUUUGGAAACUGGCUGAGGCUGGAAUGAAUGUUGCUCGUUUGAAUAUGUCACACGGUGAUCAUGCUUCUCAUAAGAAAGUUAUUGAUUUGGUUAAAGAAUAUAAUGCACAAUCCAAAGAUAAUGUCAUUGCAAUUAUGCUUGACACCAAGGGUCCUGAGGUUAGGAGUGGGGAUUUACCACAACCAAUCAUAUUGAAAAAUGGGCAGGAAUUCACUUUCACUAUCCGGAGUGGUGUUGGAACUGCAGAUUGUGUUAGUGUGAACUAUGAUGAUUUUGUCAAUGACGUUGAAGCGGGGGACACGCUUCUUGUUGAUGGUGGUAUGAUGUCUUUCUUGGUUAAGUCAAAGACAGCAGAUUCAGUGAAAUGUGAAGUUAUUGAUGGAGGAGAGCUUGCAUCAAGGAGACACUUGAAUGUUAGAGGAAAGAGUGCAACAUUGCCUUCCAUCACUGAGAAGGAUUGGGAUGACAUCAAAUUUGGAGUUGACAACGAAGUUGAUUUCUACGCCGUUUCUUUCGUCAAGGAUGCAGAAGUAGUUCAUGAACUGAAGAAUUAUUUGAAAAGCAAUGGUGCUGAUAUACAAGUAAUUGUAAAAAUUGAAAGUGCAGACUCAAUACCAAACUUGCAUUCAAUUAUUACUGCGUCUGAUGGGGCUAUGGUUGCAAGAGGAGAUCUUGGUGCAGAACUCCCUAUUGAGGAGGUCCCACUUUUGCAGGAAGAGAUAAUUAGGAUAUGCCGUAGCAUGGGGAAAGCAGUUAUUGUGGCAACAAAUAUGCUGGAAAGCAUGAUUGUUCACCCGACACCAACCAGAGCAGAGGUAUCUGAUAUCGCAAUUGCUGUUCGAGAAGGUUCUGAUGGAAUAAUGCUUUCUGGAGAAACUGCUCACGGAAAGUUUCCAAUAAAAGCUGCGAAAGUAAUGCACACAGUAGCAUUACGAACAGAGGCCGCGAUACCAGGUGGGCAGAUGCCACCUAAUAUUGGCCAAGUAUUCAAGAACCACAUGAGUGAGAUGUUUGCGUACCAUGCAACCAUUAUGUCUAAUACUCUUGGAACAUCAACUGUUGUCUUCACUAGAUCGGGCUUCAUGGCUAUUCUACUGAGCCAUUAUCGACCUUCGGGAACCAUAUUUGCUUUUACUGAUAAUAAAAGGGUACAACAGAAGCUGGCUUUGUAUCAAGGUGUCUGUCCAAUUUACAUGGAAUUCUCUGAUGAUGCUGAAGAGACUUUCACAAAAGCCUUGGAUUUAUUGCAGAAGAAUGGAAUGGUUAAAGAAGGAGAAGAAGUAGCCCUUGUACAAAGUGGAAGGCAACCUAUAUGGAGGUUCCACUCCACUCACAAUAUCCAGGUCCGAACCGUCUAAAACAAAAAGAAAGAUCCAGAGUAGCCGCCACAAAUUAAGUUUCGUCAGCCUCUAAGACUUAGAAAUACUUAUAGAAGUUCACAUUCUCUUUUGGCGCUUUGACGCCAAUAUUGCAUUUUUCGUUAUUUCUUCAUAGGUUUCAUCUUUUCUUCAUUUAUUUCCUUCUCGAUUUCAUAAUUAUCUUUUUCUUAUGUAAACUCUUCUAUGGUUCAAUAUUUAGAAUGGUCAGAUGUUGUUAUUUCUUCAUAGGUUUAAUCUUUUCUUCAUUUAUUUCCUUCUCGAUUUCAUAAUUAUCUUUUUCUUAUGUAAACUCUUCUAUGGUUCAAUAUUUAGAAUGGUCAGAUGUUAGUUCAUGUCAUUGAAAAUUUUGAUAAGAAAUCAGCAUGUGAUUAAGCCA